ACAAAAGAAGAAAAAUCGAAAAUUUGGAUUUUGGCUUUUGUGGGGUGCAAUAAAGACGAGGGAAGGGCUGGUUUCGUUGAGCGGAAAGACUGGUGCGUCUCGUCUCGCUCCCACGAACGCUUCAACGGCACUGAUUUCCGGCUUCGGAAAUGAUGCGCGGUUGAAUUGGCGUGGCUUGGAGGCGGCGGCGGCGGUAGCGGCGGCGGCGGCAUUGCGAUCGGGUGUGCGGCUCGAGGCGAGAUCUGAAGGUGUGAAGUUGGAGGAGGAGGAGGAGCGGGAGGAAGAGGAGGAGGGAGGAGGGAGGAGGGAGGAGGAAGGGGGGAAAUGAGCGCGUCGAGGUUCAUCAAGUGCGUCACCGUCGGCGACGGUGCCGUCGGCAAAACCUGCCUGUUGAUUUCUUAUACCAGCAACACUUUCCCCACGGACUAUGUGCCCACGGUGUUUGACAAUUUUAGUGCAAAUGUGGUGGUUAAUGGAAGUACUGUUAAUCUGGGAUUGUGGGAUACUGCUGGACAAGAGGAUUAUAACAGAUUAAGACCUCUAAGUUACCGUGGAGCAGAUGUUUUUAUACUUGCUUUCUCUCUCAUAAGCAAGGCCAGUUAUGAAAACGUUUCAAAGAAGUGGAUUCCAGAAUUAAAGCAUUAUGCACCUGGUGUGCCAAUAAUUCUCGUGGGAACAAAGCUGGAUUUGCGGGAUGAUAAGCAGUUCUUUAUAGACCAUCCUGGUGCAGUGCCUAUUACGACCCAGCAGGGAGAGGAAUUAAGGAAGCUGAUUGGAGCUCCUGCAUACAUUGAAUGCAGUUCGAAAACACAACAGAAUGUGAAGGCCGUCUUUGACGCAGCCAUAAGGGUUGUGCUUCAACCACCAAAACAGAAGAAAAAGAAGAGCAAAGCACAAAAAGCCUGCUCAAUAUUGUGAUUGAGACUAGGUGUAAAGAGAUGUAACAAGCUUUUCCAACCUGCCUGUAUCUCCUUUUGUCCUUUGUUAGUUCUACCGGUAAGCAGGCUGCUUUUGUUGGAUCAAUCCUCAUCGCAACUAACGAGACCCGGUCCUCAGUGAGCAUCUGGCGCUAUGGGUACCCUUAUAUUGGUGUCAUGAUCUCUAAUUACAAUCAUCAUCAUUGUGUCAUCUUAACUCCAGUUCUGAUUUUGCUUUAUCUAUUGUGAGACUCCACUUAGGAAACAAAAACAGAAAACCUGUCUUAACGGGCAGUUAUAUUUCUCGCUUUGCAAUUCCUUGGCAAGGCUUGCAUAUGUCUGUGCUCCUCUCAUGUUCUUGUCUUUUGCUAGUCACUCCUGCAGAAUUGGAUGAGCUUUUCUGAUA